CACAUCCGUUUCUGGUGUUAGCUUAAACUCGGGCAGGAAGUAGCUGUCAAAGAAGGGCGAAUGGUAUUGGGAAAGUUUACCAUUAUAUACACAUUAGCUUUCCUACAACGCAGGUGUUUUCUGAACUACCAUGGACUGAUUAGACUUAGCUCUGCUGCUAACGUUAGUUUCACUGUAAGCAUAACAGUAUUGUUUUUAGCUGUCAACGUUUGUUUUCCAAGAUUUUGUGUUUAUUUAAUAAUAAGUCGUACCAGAUUGUUCAAGACUUGGACUUUAACCAGGUCACUCACUAUCAUGCACGUUAAAGAAGAGAUUAUAGGCAUUUUAAAGCAGUUUGACAUAGGAGAUAAGUUUUCCUAUCUGCCAUUGCUGCCCAGAGCUUCUGUGCUGAUCCCGCUGUUCGUGAGGAGUGGGCGGCUGUACACCUUGCUGACGCUGCGUUCAAAAGAGCUGAGGACCAGUGCUGGUGAGGUGUGUUUCCCAGGUGGAAAGAGAGACCCCAGUGACCAUGACGAUGUGGACACAGCUCUGAGAGAAGCGGAGGAGGAGAUAGGUCUAUCACCUGAUGACGUUCAGGUGGUCUGUACGCUGUUUCCAAUCAUUAAUAAGACCGGUCUGUUGGUGACCCCAGUUGUUGGCUUCAUAGAGGAGUCAUUUUGUCCCAGUCCAAACCCAGCUGAGGUCAGUGCUGUGUUCACAGUCCCAUUGGACUUCUUCACCAGCAAGGAGGACCACCACUCUACAUAUGGUGUCGUUGGGAUGUCGGGGCUGCUGCACUCAUUUUAUUUUGUGGACACUGAUUUGGGAAGCCAAUAUCACAUAUGGGGAUUGACUGCCUUGCUGGCCAUCCUGGUUGCUGUCCUUGCUCUUAAAAAGAAACCCGAGUUUGAAGUUGGCUUUGACUCUGAGGACCCACUAGCAUUCUUCCAACAGAUCCUACACAGAAGAAUCAGUAAACUAUGAACAGAUUUUCCCCAAUACCUGAAGCCCCAUUGAAUUUACUGUAUAAUUUCUAUGAAUGUGUGUAAUAAUUGUUUGAAAGGAUGUAUAUAAACUUUUCAGUGUGGUGAAAAGAUGCAAAUAAAAAGAUAUUUUCAGUUU